AUGGCACCUAUCAACCCAGCAGCCGAUUUCUAUGACAACUUAGGAAUUAGAUACGAGAAGAGUUUCGGACAUGAUGAAGGCCUCAUAGCGUUCAUUACCGAGAGUCUGAAUCUUCUUCCUGCGAGCUCUGAUGCGACGGUCCUUGAUAUUGGCAGUGGAACUGGGGUUCCAACAUCCAGCCUCGUUGUGAGCAGUGGUCGCAAAUUAUAUGGAAUUGACUUUUCUCCCGUCAUGAUCGAAUUGAGCAAGCGACAAGUCCCUGGUGGAACUUUCCAGCUGACUAAUAUGCUUGACUUCUUCCCUAAAUCACCGUCUCAAUUUCAAGGCGCCUUUGCGAUAUUCUCCCUGUUUCAUUUCUCGCGAGAGGAAAUGGAAAUAGCGGCUGAAAAGAUGUCGGGGUGGAUUGCUCCCGGGGGCUAUAUUUUCAUCGGACCAUGGUAG